AUGUCAUCAAAGUGCACUUACCUUUUCGGUCAAGAGCCCAUAAAGAACUCCAGAGUUAAGCGUGCUCGGGCUGGAGUAGUGGAAGGAUGGGUGACCUUUCGGGAAGUCCUCUGCGAAACCGUUUCGAAGGUGGUGUUAGAGUUCCAUUUCCGCGGGUUCUCUAGUAUAGCCAUUCUUCAUCAUUCAUCAUCAUCCAUCACCAUCGGUUUCCUUUGUGUUCCAAUCCGCUCAACACUUAGCUUUCAAGCCGAUCUAGUCCAGGGGCGUAUCAGUGGUAUCAGAGCCCUUAAAGCUAAGUACUAUGGCGUCAGAAAGGAAGAAGGAUCAAGCGGUGUUGGUGAGGCCUUGCUAGAUCAGAUCAAGAAGAUGAUGGCGAGGAGUUUGAUCGGAGAGAACAGAUCAAACAAGGCAAGAAGGAAGGAGACUAGGAAUCCAAUACAUAUCUCGAUGGAGACAAGAGGAACGAUCCCAUGGCAUCUCAUGGCUCGGUGA